AAGUGAGACCACACCCUACCUCGCUUCCCUUGUACAAAUCCCUAGACAGUCGCAGCCUCAUCUCAUUACCUCCUCAGACCCCAGAUGUCUCAAACCACAACUUUUUUUUACUAUAAUUAGGCCGCUUCCAAUUCUUACAAUUUAGUGCCUUUUUCUCUACUUGUUUGCUCUUCUUUCUUGCAAAAGCUUGAAGAAUUAGCAAAUCUCAUGCUUGUGUUCAAGAAGAAUCGGGAAUAGGAGUAAAUUGUUUGUUUAUAAAUCACAUCUUUGGAGUAGUUGAAUGGAUGAGACUGAGGACCCAUAUGCUGCAACUCAAGGUUUUGAGCCAUCCCCUCGCUCAAAGCUUGCUGUCUGUGAUGCAUCUUAUUCUCAGAAUGUUGAUGAUCAAUAUGUGGAAGGUGAUGAUGAUCCAGAAGUUGAUGAGGAGGAUGAGGAAGAAGGAAUUGAUGUUAAUGAAGAAGCUACCAUUCUGACGAAUGCUAAGGUUGAGGAUGUGAAUGAUGAAGAUGAUGUCGUAGAUGAAGAUGGAGAUGAGCAAAGUGAUGAUGACAAUUCUGAUGAUGAUUACAGGAGAAGGAUUGAAAGUAAUGAUCAACAUAGACAUCCCAAGAAAAGAAAGAUGAUGAGCUUGUUAUCAAGUUAUGAAUUCGCUCCUCGAGUUACAGCUCCUUUAGCUCUGACUAGUGCAGCUUCAAAGCCUUCUCAUGGUGGGCGGAAUGCACUUUCAGACUGGACUGAACAGGAGACAUUUGUUCUACUAGAGGCCUGGGGUGAUAGGUUUAUUCAGCGUGGGAGGAAGAGCCUUCGGUCUGAAGAAUGGCAAGAAGUUGCAGACAAGGUUUCACAGAGGUCAAAACUUGAAAGGUCAGAUACUCAGUGUCGUAACCGUUUGGAUACAUUGAAGAAGAAGUACAAAAAGGAGACGGCGAAGAUACAUGAAAUGGGGGGUACAACUAGUCAAUGGGUGUACUUUGAGAAGAUGGACAUGUUAUUGUCACUAACCCCUCAGCAACUAAGACUUUCACGUGAAGUAAAUACUCUGAACUCCAAAAAGCAUGUCCAAAACCCCGGGGUGUAUUUAAAUCGUGCCUGUAGAUCAGAUGAAAUGAGUGACAGUUCAGAAAAUUCAGACUCUGUUGAGGCUGAGGAAAAUGGUUCAAAUUUCCGUCCACCAAAGCAAACAAACAGAUCUGUUGGAGCUUCUUUUAGAUUGAUUGCUGAAUCUAUAACAAAAUUUAGUGAUAUUUAUGUCAAGGUUGAAAAUAAUAAAAGGAAGCAGAUGUUAGAGUUGGAGAUGAUGAGGAUGAACUUUCAUCGGGACUUGGAAAUGCAGAAGAGGCAGAUAUUGGAGAAAGCAAGGGCUGAAAUUGCAAAUAUUUGGCGAGAAGAUGACAACUGGAAUAGUGGUUCUGCCGAGAAUUUGAGUGGGUGAAUUUUUUCUUUUCAAGUGUUGUAUUAAAAAUCCAUGGAUGAUUCCUUUUAUGGAUAUCUUAUAUAUGAGGAAAUAAAGUUGAUGGCAUAAAUGAUGAAUUGAUUGAUGUAACAAUGAAACUUUUGAAUGUAAUUUAUACUCAUUGCAAUUUC